AUGCCUAGACCAGUGCUACGAAAAACUUUCACCGUUCCUGGAGCUAGUUGUAGUACUUGCAUUUCGUUUGUGACGUCAGACCAGAUCUGGGUGAGUGGUGGCGGCAUUGAUCUCUUUCUGAUAGACUCUACUGGUAAUAUUUUACAUCAUCGAACAGAUAAUCAAAGUAUUAGUUCACAAACAGUAAGCCUUGCUGGAGAACUCAUUUACAUCGACUUGGAUUCUAAUUUAUGUUUACUUUGUAAGGAUAACAAAACAAAAAUAACACUGACGAAAAAAUCUGAAUUUUGGGAACCGUCCGAAAUUUUUUGCUCUCAAUUCUCCGGAAAUUUGCUCCUUUUAAUGAAAAAAGACCCCCAGUACAGCCAGUUAUUUGCUCCCUAUUAUAAAGAGAGUAAAGUGAUUAGAUUCAAGGGAAUAAAAGAAAAGGACCAGACCUUCCAGUUUCAUGACAAGGGUUGUCUACUUUAUUAUGACCCUGAACAUAUCACAGAGAACCGAAACGGAGAUAUUAUUGUUUCCGAUAGGUUAAGCUAUCUUAGUUUUGAACGAUCAUUUCUAGUUGUGAUAGACCGAAAUGGAAGAUAUCGCUUCAGCUACUAUGGAUCACAAUACGACCCCCGACUGGAACUAGAUAUGUGGGGGAUUUGUACAGAUGCACUGUCAAACAUCCUUAUAGCUAACCAAAAUCCUAGCACAGUGCAUAUGAUUAACAAAGAUGGCAAAUUCCUUUCCUUGCUACUGACAACGGAACACGGUUUAAGUGGUCCAUGUGGUCUCAGUUACGACGAUAAAUCUCAUCUUCUGUGGGUUCGAUCUAUUAAAGACAACAGGUUGUGUGUGUACAGAUAUAUCGAAAGACAGAAUCACUCUGUAUAA